GUUUCUUUCAUGGCGUUCUCUUUCCUUCUCUUUCUGAUGACUAUUAACAAAGUAUCUUAUUGUAAUUCAUUGAAUAAAUGCCUCAUCGUACGAAAAUUAAACAACAUUAGUAUCGCGAGCUAAAUUUAGAUCGUGAAAGAAUUUAUUAUUGACAUGGAAGAUAAAGGAUUAGACAUGUGCGAAAGUAUAUGGAAUUAUGAAGCAAUACAGCGUUUUUUGUCAUUGCUACAACAAACACAGCUCUAUUGUAUUGAUAAUGAAUGUUUCACUGCUGAUCACCUUCCCGGACCGAACAGCAAUCAAUUAAAUCGUGAUUAUCUUUUUCUUGGCAUUGCUUUACUUGCAAUUAUACUUCUUUAUUUCUUCAAAUCAAAUUUUCGACAUCAGGACUUAAAAAAGAAUUGGAAAAAUAAUACUAAUUUAUUGAUUUUCAAAAAAGGACCGAAAGAUGAUCCACCUACACCACCAUCUUCUAUGAAUUAAAAACAAACCAUUCAAUGUAAUAUAUAAUAAUAAUAAUAAACGACAGAUUAAAAUUAACUGUAACUUUUGUUAGAAAAAUAAAAAAAA